AAAAAUAUGCAAUCAUAAUUUUAUUUAUUUUUUAAUUAGGACAUAAUCAUUUAUUUCCCUACUCUUUUGCUUUCACCCCCUAACUUUUUUAUAUUAGUUUUCCAAAAAAAAAAUUAUAUUACUGCCCGCCGCUCACACAUUAAAGGGAGCAUAGGAAUUUGGCCUUUGACGCCUGUGUGUCAGAGCUCAAGAUUUCCUUCUGCACUGCACCGGACCCUCCUUUCUGUCAGAAGGAUCUCUCUCUCUCUCUCUCUCUCUCUCUCUCUCUGUGCGCGCGCGCCACCAUGAACAGCAAGAAGAAGAGAACAAUUGCAAACCCUAACCCUAGAAACCCCAUGCAAGCCUUUCACUUCCUCCGCUCCCUCUCCCGCAUAAAUCUCAGUACCGCGCCUUUCCAUAAGCGCUGCAGAGCCAUCAGGAGAGCAGCCUAUGCCUCCAUGGCACGCUCAGCUAGCCCAAAUAGAGCAUGGAGCCAUGCCGUCCUCUAUCACCUUCACCGCCGCCGCCAUCGGCCGGUUCCCGAGCAGGCCCGUUGCAAAACCGAUGAAAAUGAUGCUCUACGCAGGCUCUUGCCUGGCGGUGAGGCAAUGGAUACCUGUAGAUUGCUUGAAGAGACCAUAGAUUAUGUCCAGCGUUUAAGAACGCAGGUAAAGCUCAUGCAAGAGAUAGUGGAUUCUGUGAAAGAUGAUGCAGUUCAUGAAGAAAAGAGGCAAAAGGAAGAAAUUUGAAGGAUGGAACGAAGAGAAUGGAACGAAGAGAUAUGUUUAUAUAAAAUGGUAUGAUAAUCGAUCUUUUAUAUUGGUCAAACUUACAAGUCUUCAUGAUCAAUAUGAAAUAUAUAAAUUGUUCUGUAAAUAUUCCAAAGUUUGAUAUAUUUAUGGAGCUCGAUCGAUCUGUAAAUUAAUUGUUUGUGAAUGCUUUUAUGUUGGUUGAUCAGAUUCUUUUUUGUGUCUGUAUUACUUUAUUUUUGUGCUGUAUUUUGUAUUGUUUUCGGCUGAUGAUUUCGACUAUCUAAUAUAUUUAUUAGCCGUUGCUUCGUGCUGUUUUUUCUUU